AUGAAUCACUUUAUUUUAAAGUCAUCUUCGUCUAGACUUGCUACUUCUGUUACAAGUAGAUAUUUACAUACAUUAUGUAAUAACAGUUCACAGUUUAGAAAAGCUUCUACUACAGCAGAUAAGAUUAGUACCGCUUCUUCUUCUUCAAGAGUGAAUUCUAUUCAUUCAUCAAUGUUUUAUAACCAUUCAUCUAAAUCUUUAUUAUUCAAUAAUGAAUUAACUGGUGAUAAUGAUAUUACAAGUUUAAACUCUAUUAGAAAUGUAUCAACAAAAAGAAAAGCUGUUAGUAUGUUUUCUGAUCAAUUUAAACAACAACAUAAACAACAAUAUAAACAAGAACAAGAUCAACAACAACAAGAUGAAUAUAGUGAAGAUUAUAGAAAUACAUUUAAUGGAGUACCACAACCAUUGGAAGUAAAGGUUGUAUCAAACUUUUCAUUGUUUAAGACACUUUUGGCAUUGGCUUUGGUUGGUGGUGCUGUUUACUAUUAUAUUGGUGGAAACACGAGUGGAGGUGCAUCGGGAGGAGGUGGAAUCUACUCUAUCCUAGCACCACGCAACUACUCUAGCAUCAACAAACGUCCAACCGAAACAUUUGACGACGUUGUUGGUGCAGAGGAGGCCAAGAGCGAGUUGCAAGACCUCGUCGAUUACCUCCGUAAUCCAGGCAAAUACGCCGAGCGUAACAUUGUCACCCCAAAGGGUAUCCUUUUGGUUGGUCCACCAGGCACUGGAAAGACCCUGUUGGCAAAGGCAUUGGCUGGCGAAGCCCGUAUCCCAUUCAUCAGCAUCAAUGGCUCUGAAUUUGAAGAAAUGUUUAUUGGUGUUGGUGCAAAGCGUGUACGUGAACUCUUUGCAGAGGCAAGAAAGAUGGCACCAUGUAUUGUCUUUAUCGAUGAAAUCGACUCGGUCGGUGGAAGUCGUAGCAAGAGAAUCAACUAUCAUCCAUCCGAUGCUCUCAAUCAAUUGUUGGUUGAACUCGACGGUUUCACCGGUCGUGAAGGUGUCAUUGUCUUGGCUGCCACCAAUUUCCAAGAGACUCUUGAUCCUGCUCUUGUUAGAUCAGGUCGUUUCGAUCGUUCCAUUCAAGUUCAACUUCCAGAUUAUGUAAAUACACAAAUAUUAGCACAAUCAACACCAGGAUUUUCAGGAGCAGAUUUAUUUAAUUUGGUGAAUUGGGCAGCAUUGGAUACAACAAAAAAUAAUCAACCAGAAAUCUCAAUGGAGUCUUUGGAAAAUGCAAAGGAAAAUAUUAUUAUGGGCAAGGAAAGACAUUCAUUGAUUCUUACAGAUGAAGCCAGAAAAAUAUGUGCCUAUCACGAGGCUGGACAUGCGCUAGUGGCAAUCAAGACACAAGGUGCAAAGGAUAUUCACAAGGCUACCAUCAUGCCACGUGGUGAUGCUCUUGGUCUUGUGUCGAUGCUUCAAAGAGACGACUUUUUCCAAACAAAGAAGCAAUACUUGGCAGAGAUGGAUGUGGCCAUGGGAGGCCGUGCUGCGGAAGAAUUGAUCCUUGGUGACGAGAAUAUCAGUCAAGGUGCAUCGAGCGAUAUCAAAAAGGCAACCUCAAUUGCAAAGCAAAUGGUCAUGAAGUUGGGUAUGAGCGAUGAAGUUGGAAAAAUCUACAUUGAUUCUGAAAAGAAACUCUCCCCUCAACAACGUGAAAUGGUCGAUCGUGAAGUCAAAAAGUUCUUGGAUCAAUCUUAUGACCGUGCUCGUAAGCUCCUAGAAGAUUACUCGGCCGAGCACCAUCUCUUGGCAAAGGCUCUUAUCGAAUAUGAAACCUUAAAUCUCGACGAAAUUAUGGCAAUCAUUGAAAAGAGACAACUCCCAAAGACAAAGAAAAAUAGAGAUGCCUUGAUCAAGGAUCGUGAAGAUAAAGAUAAAAAGAGACAAGAAGAAAUGAAAAAAGUUAAACCAAUUGCACAACCAGUUUCCACUAGAUUGACUGGAGUUUUCUUACCUCCUGGUCAACAACCAACUCAACAAGGUCAAGUUCAACAACAACAACAAGUUCAACAACCACAACCUACAAGAUCAAGAACCGUUUUUAUUCAAAAUCAACCACAACCACCACAGCAACAACAACAACAACAACAACAAGGUCAAUCUCAACAAAAUAAUAAUAAUAAUAAUCAAAAUGGAAAGAAUAUUCCAGUUGUUGAUAAUAAUAAUAAUGAUAGAAAAUAA